AGGCAGAGCCUAAGUGUUUUUGCUUAAUUUUAUUUCUCCUCGCACAUUCAUAAAACACAGAAAAUACUCUCGAAGCAAUUAAAUAUCUGUGGUCUUCGUAGGCAAACACCAGGGACAAUAUAUUGAUUGUUUAGUGAGAAAGAAAAUAACCAGAAAGAAACUUUAGUACAACCCCUGGAGGUAGUAACUAAAAUAUUUGCUGAAGUGUAUAGAAUUUAAGUGGAGUGUGAAUAAUUUUCAUUGAUCUCUUUGGGAGAGGACAAAAAUGAAUUUCUAUGCUUCAAUUUUUCCCACAAUUCUCCUGAUGCUCAUCAAUUGGGCCUAUGGGGGAGGAAUUGUGGAGACCCACGAGCAGGAUUAUUGCUUUGCCACUGAUCCGAUUAGGGAGCAAUUGAGGAGGUUCUUCUCAAAGACUGCCUAUCAAUUUGUAAAAGGGAAUGAAGAUAUUUCCUCAGAAUGCCUUCCUGAGAGAUUUUGGCUUCUUUCGCGUCAUGGAACUCGCCUUACUCCCUCCAAGGACACAAAAAGACUCUCUGAGGAAUUACCAAGGAUCCAGAGGGAUAUUCUGGAGCACUAUUCCACAGGAGGUCCAGAGAAUGGCCUCUGCAGAGAAGAUGUUGCACUUUUAGCGUCUUGGAAGUGGGAUAGCAAUGUUACAGAGGACAAGUCGGAAUUCCUCUCGAGUCAGGGCUGGGAGGAUUUAAGAGGCAUAGCUAGAUAUUUUCAGAAACAAUUUCCUGGAUUGCUCAAGAAAAACUACUCAAAGGAGGAGUUUUUCUUUCGACACACAGACAAGCAGAGAACACGGGCAAGUUUCCAGGCUUUUGCAGAAGGAUUAUUCGGAUCUUAUGAAAAUGUUCAGGCUGCUCCCAUUCCAGAAAGAGAUACUCUGCUACAGCCUUAUGACUAUUCAGAGGACUGGCUGAAGCAGAAAGCAGAAAUCUACCAGGAAGGAUCAGAGUACAUGAAAUUCAGGAAUACUUCCUACUUCUUGAAUGCUUGCGAGAAUGUUUCUCGAAAAGCUGGAUACAAUUCCACCCUCAAUCCCGAGACUGUAGAGAUGAUAUUUAAAGCUUGUAUUUACGAGCAGGCAUGGAAGAUCACCGAUCCGAGUCCCUGGUGUUCGCUUUUUAGUCCAGAUGAUGUCAAGGUUCUGGAGUACUUGCAUGACCUUGAGGAAUUCUAUCUGGCUGGGAGUACUUCGGAAUUGAAUGACCGAAUGGCUAAGGAGUUGCUGGAAAACUUCCUGGAAUACUUUGUUAGCAGGAAGGAACCCAGAGUUGCUGCUUUCUUUGCUCAUUCAACGACUCUUGAAUUGUUUCUGACAAUCAUGAGGAUUGGUCAGGAUGAUGUUGCCUUGACAGCUGAGAAUUUCAUGGAGAUGGAGGAUAGGAAGUUUAGGACAAGUCAGAUUGCUCCAUUUGCCGGAAAUCUCGGUGUUGUGAGUGUCUCGUGUGGUAAGUCCAAGAGGAAUCGGCUUCUGUUCAUUCUCAAUGAGAGGCAAUUGGACUUGAACUGGUAAUGGGAAAGACGGAAAGACAGGAAGUAAAAGACAAUUUUGGUUACUGAAAAAGAAAACUUUAUUCCACACUUUGACUUCUCCAAAACGCAAAUGGGAGGAGUUCUCGUUGAAAAUUCAUGCUGCGGAUUGUGGAAUUAAAAGCAGGCGCUGGAAAAUAAAGGCAAUUAAUCAUGAAUAAUUCCGAAUUGCUAAA